AGCAACUUUCCUGUUUAACCCCCGCAUUUUUCUUGUAAUCCGGGGACACAGCCAAGAAGAGGGAGACGUGGCCGGUGCGGCGGCGGCGGCGGCCAUGGCGAUCCCCCUCGUGCUCGUCGUGCUCCCACUCGGCCUUCUCUUCCUCCUCUCCGGCCUCAUCGUCAACGCUGUCCAGGCUGUCUUGUUCUUGUCUAUAAGGCCCUUGUCAAAGAGCUUGUAUCGGCGGAUCAACAGAUUCUUGGCUGAGCUGCUAUGGCUUCAGCUAAUCUGGCUUGUGGACUGGUGGGCUGGUGUUAAGAAUUCUAUAGGCAAAGAGCAUGCCCUUAUAAUAUCAAAUCACCGGCGCGAUAUUGAUUGGCUUAUUGGAUGGAUUUUAGCACAGCGUUCAGGAUGUCUUGGAAGCACACUAGCUAUCAUGAAGAAAUCUUCAAAGUUCCUUCCUGUCAUUGGCUGGUCCAUGUGGUUUGCUGAAUACCUCUUUUUGGAGAGAAGUUGGGCAAAGGAUGAAAACACACUUAAGGGAUUUGUAUCAGCAGUAAGUAUUAUGCGUGAUUUUGUCCCAGCUAUCUAUGAUACAACAGUGGUAAUCCCUAAAGAAUCACCUGCACCAACAAUGCUGCGUAUUCUCAAGGGACAGUCAUCGGUAGUUCAUGUCCGCAUAAAACGUCAUGCAAUGAGUGAUAUGCCUAAAUCCGAUGAAGAUGUUUCAAAAUGGUGCAAGGACAUAUUUGUGGCAAAGGAUGCAUUAUUGGACAAGCAUAUAGCAACUGGUACUUUUGAUGAGGAAAUUAGACCGAUUGGUCGUCCAAUAAAGUCUUUGCUGGUGGUUCUGUCUUGGUCAUGCCUCCUGCUAUAUGGUGCCUACAGAUUCUUACAGUGGACUCAGCUCCUGUCAACAUGGAAAGGCAUUAUCCUCUUUGUUGCUGGAUUGGGGCUGGUGACUGGCAUCAUGCAUGUCUUCAUCAUGUUCUCGCAGUCAGAGCGCUCGAGCUCUGCCAGAGCAGCGAGGAAUCGAGUUAAGAAAGGUUGAGGGACUCCCAAUUCGUUGUGCGUGACCAAUUAUGUAGACACAAGCGUGAUGGGACAAUUUUUCUCAGUUUUUGUGCUCUUUAGGAACUGAAAAAGGUUUUUCCUGUGGCAAGAAUUGCCGUCUCCGACCCCUUCUUGUACUUGUAUGAAAACAAUCGUAGAUUUGUUUUUGGUAGAGCACAAACUGGUCAUGAAUUUAUUGAACUUCUCUUGUAGAUAGUUAGCUGGGCAGAAACUGGUCAUGGAUUUAUUGAACUUCUCUUGUAGAUAGUAAGCUGGUACAUGAAUCUGCCAAGGACAUAAGCUGUAAACUAUUACGUCAGUAAAACACAGGUCAAACACAUA